UCGUGGCCAGGGCACUUGGCGUAAAACCUCGGUGUUAUUUUUAUGAACACCGCCCACAUGAUUUCCAGCAGACUGUUGAUUGGCCGCAGUCGUACUUCCUUUCGUGGAUAGACGGUGACGUCGGUGACCCUAACGGAUUACGAUGGGAGAAAAUAGAGAAUCACAGGAAGCCUUCGUGACCCUUGCUACAAAUGACACUUAUGCAUUGGGAUGUCUUGUGUUGGCACACUCGCUGCGCAGAGUGGGAACCACACGGAAGCUGGUUGUUAUGGUUUCGGUGGGAGUCUCAGACUCUGUCAGGGGUCAGUUAGGGUCAGUGUUUGACCAAAUAGUUCCUGUGAAUGUGCUGGACAGCAGUGACACCUGUAACCUGGCCCUGCUUGGCAGGCCAGACUUGAGUGUCACUUUUACUAAGUUCCACUGUUGGAGGUUGACCCAGUUUAAGAAAUGUGUGUUCAUGGAUGCUGACACACUGGUUAUAAGAAAUAUAGACGAUUUGUUUGACAGAGAAGAGUUGUCAGCAGCACCAGAUGCUGGCUGGCCCGACUGUUUCAACUCUGGUGUAUUUGUUUUUGAGCCAUCGGAAGACACAUACAAGAAGUUGUUAGACUAUGCUGUAACCGCUGGCUCGUUUGAUGGAGGAGAUCAAGGCCUUUUAAAUUUAUUUUUCAAGAACUGGGCAACAGAAGAUAUAAAGAAACAUCUACCAUUUACCUACAAUGUUGUCUCUCAAGCCUUUUACAGUUACCUGCCCGCAUUUAAACAGUUUUAUGAUAACAUAAAAGUGGUGCACUUUAUAGGAGCUGUUAAGCCAUGGCACCAUUCUUUCAAUGUGACUACUAGGACUGUCACCCCUCUACCCAGCACAGGGCACAGUCAGGAAUUCUUACAGGUGUGGUGGGACAUCUUUAUGGAGUCAGUCCAGCCAUAUCUUGACCCACAGCUGACUCUCUCAUUCCAGACGCAGGACCCCCCUCCAGCCCCUCCCCCUCCUCCCAUCACACAGCACCCGGAGCCUCCCCCAGUGCAAGAAACACGCCCACCAUCCGGUCUUGACCUCUAUGGUCACAGCAACACCAGAGGACAGCCGGCCACCUCCAUGUGCAUACUGUACCCCUAUGUUCCGCCUAGGGUGGAAGAGGAGGAGCCCGCCCCUGGCGCCCCCUCCUCGGCAGAAGUCGCUGUCCCCCCUGUCGCUGUGGUGGACGUGCCAAUAGUGUAUCGGGACUACCAAGUGUUAGAGACUCAUUACUCCGAGGAACCUCUCAGCUCUGUUAACCCAGACCUGCCCCCGGCAGAACACUACCUCGCCCAAGGGGACUUGACUCCACAUCCUACGCCUACACACGGGGCAGACUACCGUAACGGUACGCCAGCGGUCCAGCCCGAAGAGGGCCUUCAAGGGAGUCCUGACAUUAUAGACAAUGGAGCCACUGCUGAGGAGGAGGAGAAGCGGUCAGUAGAGUCCUUGUCUGAUAGUCAGGCAGGGAUUGUUGGAGAUCUAGCCAAUAUAAACUUGCAGGCUGGGGCAUUAGAGAGUCUCCCUAAGAAAGAUGACCGCGAGAGGAAGCUUCAGUGGGAGCAAGGUCAAGCAGACUACAUGGGCAUCGACAGGUUUGACAACAUCAAGGCGCGCCUGGACGAGAAGAUAUCCCAACCCAACUCAGAGACUAAGCUAGCGACAGGAGAAUCAGAGACUAAGGUAAGCACUGAGAGUCUUCUGGGUGCCUCGUCGGAAGUGGAACCAUCUACUGCUGUACAAGAAGGUGGAUCUUUGGAGAUAGCUAGUGGUGAACCAGUUAAACAGUAACAUAUAUUGACUUGUAAUGCAUGUGUGUGCGAGCAAAGUAAUCUACAGACAAAAAGACUUGGCCUAAUUAUCAUCUCGUCCAGUACUGCUUGGGUAGACAAGGCUGUUGGUGCAAAGUCUCCCUGUGUUUUGUUGUUUGUCGCGGCAUGGCCAGGUUUGUCAAGGAGACGAUUGCCGUGUGUAAAGAGGAAGACUUUGUUUAUGAUUCUGUGUGAGGCUGUCUCUGCAUGGUAGCACCUAGCGGAAGAAAUGAACUCCUUGUAUUUAUAGUAUGUAAAAUAUGGUUCCUGUUAUUGCUUGAUUCGCAGGUCUGGGGAAUUGACUUUUUUUUUAUUUACAUAAAGUGAUUAAGAAAAAAACGCGGCUCUUUAAAACUAUCCCUAACCUUUGCCUUGUAUUUCAUUUCUUCCUUGCGUGCACAUGUCUGCAGAAUAACAUUCUCAGUUUGUUUUGUCAGUAUCUGACUCUGUGUGUGUGUGUGUUGCUUGUCUGUGUCAAAGUUUGUUUUCAUUAACACCCUAACGAGUGUGGAGACUAGCGCUAGACUGGGUAGCAGACCUUAGGAUAGUACUUACAAGUUCUCAGAGGACUUUACUAUUUAUUAUAAGAUCAAAUGGUUAUAAUUUAUUACCCCCAUCCCUUUUUUUUUUUUUGCUUUGUCCAAUUCACCAUUUAGUGAAUGGAAUCAGUGAAUCCAGUUGACUCAUGUUAUUUGUGAUAUUUAGUUUGUUUGCUGUUGGGAAUACAAGAUGUUUCACUUAACCUAUUGUAUGCUGUGUAACUGCACCUCUGUACAGGAUGAAUGCUAUCUGAGCACAAACAUUAUUCUAGUUAAUAUGCUUGUGAUUAUGGUUGACUUCUAUUUUUCUUGUCAUUACUUGUGUACUUAAAAUUUUUUGGAAAAGUUUAGGAACCCUUCUAUAAUACAAUUUAAUUUUUGAUGGCUGAACUUAAAAUUUGAGAAAAAUACUGUCAUGACAUCAGGUGAAACUUACGAAACAAUUUAUGGCAUCUCAUAGCUUAAGGAACAAUUAAAAUUUUUGAUGACUCAUUACUUAAGCAAAAAAAAAAAUUUUUUUUUACGACCCAUAAUUUUAGGGACAAUUUGUGGAUGACCCAUAAGUUGAACUAUUUGUGAUGACAAACUUUUAGGGACAAUUUGAGACAUGUAAUUAAGAGCAUUUUUAUUUUUCCAUUAUUGUUGAUAUCUAUAAAUCUCAGUAUUUUUUUGUUUUGUUUCUUUGUUACAUUUACUCUGUAAUUUGCAAUCUCUUGUAAAGCCAAUAGUUAAUUCAACUCGUGCAGGAAUACAUUUAAUGGCAUUUGUGCAGUCGCCUCCUUUCUUCUACUCUAGCUAAUUAAAUUAUUACGUUGACUUGUUUGUAUAGACAUGGCACAGUGUCAUGGAAUGGGGCAGAAACUAUUUGCAGAUAUGCUCUGUAUUUCUGGUCUUGUUCCGAUGCAACUUUUUUUAUAUUUCCUUUAUCAGAUAUUAUAUUGCUUAGAUUCAAGCUAUUCAAGUUAUUUUUUUUUUUAUUAUAUAUAAAUUAUAUACUGUAGUUACCAAUAAAAUUAUUUAUAUAAACUGUAACUUGACAUAUUUAUUUAAUCAGAUGUUAUCUAUACACAUUAAUAUUUUUUCUUUGCUCAGCUAAUUCUAUUUUUGUUGUUGUUGACUACAAAUCUGUAAAAACUCUUGGAGUUGUGUGUAUGUGGUCGGUUCUUGAGUUUGUCUGAAGCUAGUCAGUGUGUAUAUUUAUAGGUGUACUGUUAAGAGUCUAUGAAUGGUAGUUUCAUUAUCAUAAAGCUGUACAAAUCCUCUCAUGAAUUUUUCAGUCCUAAAUGCUACUGCUAAAGAAAGCAUGCUUAUCUAGAGAGUCCCAUACAUUGAUCAUGUGAUAAGGUGAACCCCCAUUUUGUUUCUCCUUUGCAUUUUUUUCUCCUCUUUUGGUUGGAAUGUAAGUUGUCAAGUUCUUCCAAGGAAAUACUCUGAAGCACAUAACUCUGGAUUAUUGCAGUCUUCACACUAAAUGAUUCCUUUUAAAAAAAAAUUUCUAUAAGUAAUGUAAAGUAUGGUUGAAUCAGCUUCUUUUAACCCUCAAACUAAAUCUAGAAUUUAAUGUUCUGUCCUGAAAUAUAUUAUUAAACUUAUAUAGAGACCUUUAACUCCAAUAAAGUGCCAGUAUUUUAAAACAACUAAACACUUGAAUUCUUGUGGUUCAGUAACCGUAGGGCCAUGACCUGAACAUGUGUACCAAGUUGUAGGACAACUGACUGCUGUAUCUUUCAGUUAGUGCUGUGUGUGUGUGUGUGUGAUGCUCAUUAAGUUCAGUAUUACUGUAUUUUACUUGAAGUAACCAAAGUGUCUAUAACAUAAUGUUCACAUAUUUAGGUAGAAUUGAAAGGAAUUGCUGACAAAUAAAAAUAUUCUAUGGGAAA